AUGGCUACAAACGCACAGAACACAGAUGUUAACCAGGGCCUAAACCCCCCAGCGCUUGAAGCCAGCAUGUUUGCUCCGGGGAAGAACAAGAAAAGCAGUAAAAAGACCCAGAAGGGGGCGGGUUUCGGAGGCGGACUCCUCGGAGAGGGCCUCCCCGCCACCCCCACUGGGGAACGGAGCGUUGAAGCCCCAAGCUUGCUAGGCACCAUGGAUAUUGACAUGGGGACGUAUGAGAACAGCUACCCCCCUCUCCCUGAUAAUAACAGCGACCUAGACAUAGACGAAGAGCGGGCGUCCCCUACCCCUAUCUGGGCUGAAGAAGUGGAGGACCACCAGGCUCGGACUGAUGAGCCGAAGGCGAAGCAGGCGAGGAAGGCGAGGAAAGCAGCGGCCUGUGAAGAGAGACUGAAGGGCUACGAGGCAAAGGAGGCAUUGGGGGUCCCCCCUGAGCGACCCUGUGACAGGUGCGGUGGCUCUGACCACUACACCUUCUCGUGCACAGCGCCAGAGGAAGAAACCACCGAGCGCAAGAAGAGGAAGGCCCAGGCCCCUCCGCCUCUCCUCACCUCGGAUGGCUCCCUUAUCCCUGGACCUUCACCUAACAAGCGGGAGAAAAAGAAAACCAAGAAGAAGGAGAAGGCGGCCUUGUAUUUCCUGACGGAUAUACGGCCAUCCUUUGUGAUUGUUCCUAGAAAUGAGCUUGAAGCCCGAAAGCGGACCAGAUCGCCGUCAGCUAUACCUGGUCCGAGCAAGCACCGGCGGAUCAUCGACCUGGAAACAGCCUUAAAUCAUACCUCUGACAGAAUUAAAGAUCUGUAUAUUUUAGACGGGGAUAAUGGCAAACGCACUCGCAGCCCAAGUGCUCAUGACAAUGUCAAUGCUAGCUCUAUCUCUGAGACUGCGCUAUCUGGAGAUGCUGAAGCCCGGAAACAGACCAGAUCGCUGUCGCCUAAACUCGGCUCGAGCGGGCACCAAAGAAUCAAUAAUCUAGGAACUACCUCGGAGCUCUCCUCGGACAUCUUCAGAAGUCUUCCAUCUCAGAACAGUCAGGGGAAGAGAGGCGACUAUCCACCUUAUUCAGGCACUGAUGCUGGUACCUAUACCAUGAUUCUGUCCGAAGUCAACCUCAUGAAUAAGUCUGGAGUCCGACCACCCGGCCCAAACAAGCACCAGGCUAGAUCUGUGCUCACAAGUAAACCUGCACUCACCAUGGCCAAGUCCAACAACGACACAAAUUCUGAUGCAGCCGUGCAUUCCAAGUCCGGCGUGAAUUCUUCCAGAAGAGAAUAA